AUGGCUUCCAUCGCAGAACCUCUUGCCGUCGCUUCACGGCUCCAAAGAUCCACCUUAGAUUCAGCCGUGAGCGCCCUUUUGAAAUUCAAAUCCGCCGCCCAAUCAUCCACCGACAAGCUUCAGCUCCUGCCGGAAGACGAUUACAUCUAUCUGAACCUCACCCUCAAGAAAAUCGCCUCAAACCCUCGCACGAUCCCCUUCAGAAUCCCCCUCCCCCAUCCGAUUCUCGACGCUGCUUCGCAGCUCUGCCUGAUAAUCGACGACAGACCUAAGUCGCCGACGCCUCCCUUGGACAAAAUCAAGAAGCUCAUCAAGGCCCAGGACAUUCCCAUUUCCAAAGUCAUUAGGAUUUCGAAGCUCAAGUCGAACCUGGUCGACAAGAGGGUGGUACAUUUGCUGCCCAAGCUGAUUGGAAAGAAAUUCUUCAAGAAAAAGAAGCUGCCUCUUGGGGUGGAUAUGGGCAAGAAGAAUCUGAAGUUGCAGGUGGAAAGGGCUUUGGGGAGUGCCCUUUUGUAUAUGAGGACCGGGACUUGUUGCGUGAUGAAGGUCGGCAAGGUGUCCAUGGAGAAGGAAGAGAUUGUGGAUAAUGUGUUGGAUGCAGUUCAUGGGGCUGUUUCAGAAGGUGCCGAAAAAACGGGAUGGCGUGAGGAGUUUGCAUCUGAAGUUUUCAGACUCGGUGGCUCUGCCCAUCUACCAUGCAAUGCCGGAUGUGAAGCUGAAAAUCGAGGGUCUGAAGGAGAGUGA